CAAAGCAAAGCUGUGGAGCCUGAGCUCUUUAGCAUCCCUCAGGCUGGCUGCUUGCUGGAAUUCCUUAACUUUGGGCGGUGAAGGGUGAAGCUGGAGCCUGCGCUGUAGGGUCAACUGGUACCCAGGAGAAUGAAACAGGCCCUCGUGGACGAUACUGAGGAUGUGUCCCUGGACUUCGGCAAUGAAGAGGAGCUGGCUUUUAGGAAGGCCAAGAUCAGGCACCCCUUGGCCACCUUCUUCCACCUGUUCUUCCGCGUGAGUGCCAUCAUCACCUAUGUGUGCUGUGACUGGUUCAGCAGGAGCUUCGUUGGCUGCUUUGUCACUGUGCUUCUCCUACUGUCCUUUGACUUCUGGUCUGUGAAGAAUGUGACUGGAAGACUCAUGGUGGGUCUUCGGUGGUGGAACCAGAUAGAUGAGGACGGAAAAAGCCACUGGAUAUUUGAAGCCAGAAAGGCCUCUCCAAACCACAUGGCGGCCACUGAAGCAGAGGCACGCAUCUUCUGGCUUGGCCUCAUCAUCUGCCCCGUGGUCUGGACCGUGUUCUUCUUCAGCACCUUGUUCUCCUUGAAGCUCAAGUGGCUGGCUCUCGUGAUCGCUGGGAUUUCCCUCCAAGGUGCCAACCUCUACGGCUACAUCCUUUGUAAGAUGGGGGGCGAGGGUGACAUCAGCACAGUUGCAGCCAGCUUUCUGUCCCAGACAGUGUUCCAGACGACUUCCCCAGGUGACUUUGAGAAGCGCAGGCUUGAAGGACUGGACAUCCACUAGCGUUAGGCUGCUGUGGCUGGUGAAUCUGGGGCUUCAAUGAAAAAAGACUGGCCUUUGUCACAGCUCUUACCUUAAAGAGACAGAGAAAAUGAGACCCUUGUGAAAGCCUCACUCUUUAUGCUGGCUGUGGUAUGGCUGCGUGGGGCUCCCCACCCAAGGAGAGCAACGCUGGGGAACACAAUGGAGGCCUCAGCUUGUACCCACUCCCAGAAACCCUGCUUCUCUUUGUUGCUGCAUGUGGCAAGUGCAGCAUCCAGGCCCGAAGAACUGUCUCUGCUGCUCUGGGUGGGCCAGUUGUCUGCAUUAGAGAUCCACUAACUAGCAGUCCAGGAAAACGAGAAUACAGGGAAGGGAAUGAGGGCUUUCAAUAGAGACAGCGAGCGUGUGUGCAAAACCUCAAGGACUACAAAGGAAAUGCUAGCAGUGUGAAUGGAGCAUCUCUCCAGAAACACACGUUACCGUGACAGGCCCCACAGGGCACACACCCUGCCCUCUGCUCUCUCCCCAUAUCAUCUCAUCUUUAUGGUCACCCACACUGGGGUGCAUCAGUCAGCUGGUCCUUCCCAUUUAUAUGCAGGCAGGCAUGUGCGCAUGCACACACACACCAUCCCAGGACCAUAUGUAACCCAAGGGAGACAUGGCUCUCUGGCUGUGAACCUCCCUUGUGCCCAGGGUUCCCAUGCUGCUACCUGGCAUACACCAGGCCCUGCUCAAACAUCCCAGUCCCAUCUGACAGGAAAGACAGCUCCCACACUUGGGUGCACAGCCAUCUGCAGCUGAGCCCAACCUGGUCCGGCCCCUCCCUCUCAGACUCAGGCACCGCGCACUGCUCCACUGACAGGUGAGUCUUUUCACAGGUACACACCACUCAGACAAGCUCAGCUCUAACCUUGGGGAAGCUGAGCCCCUGCCUGUCUCCUCUUGCCCACACAAGCUGAUAUCCUGGGUGAGCCUGGGAUGGAGACAGGUGUACACCUCUUCCUCAGUUCUCAGAGUGCAAAUAUCAGGAUCCAAAAUACUCAGCAUGGUCCCCAAUAGCAUGUCAGUGCCCACUGAAGUGGCGCAGAGAGGGCUGUCUCAGUGCGCUUGCACCCUGCAGUCCUCGGGGCAUGUGGCUGGGAUUUCAUGGAGGUGGAUCUGAGGAACCUGCCCCAGGCCUCACUGUUUCUCUUCUGCGGGUCCAGCUCUGACCCACCAUUCCUGCUCCUGCAAACCACACUUCAAGCUACUAAG